AUGCAGAAAAACCAUACUCCCAAAAACGUCCAGAAACACAAGCAAGUAUGCGAGCAGUAUAACAACGUAAAGAUGGCACAGUUUGAGAAAAGCUGGAAUGAAAAAAAAGAGACGCUAAACCUUGAAAAGGACACAAAGAAACUCUGGAACCUGGUCAAGACACUAAAUGAGGACAUCAUUCCAAGUCAACCAGCCACAGUCCUUGUCGAAGAUGGAGAAACCCUUACUGGCAAGCAUGCAGCAAACGCCAUGGCUAACUGCUUCAAAUCAGAAAGCACGCUCCAAAAAUCAAAAGAGGAAACCCGUCAGACACAACAAGCAACAAAACUGAAUCUCAAGAAAAUCAACCCAGAAUCCUAUCUAUCAAAAGCUUUUGACAAGGUCUGGAAAGAUGGACUGCUUAAGAAGCUGACAAUCCACAACAUAGGUGGACACAUGUACCACUGGAUAAGCAGCUACCUAAAGGACAGGUCAGGAAGGGUAUUCCUGGAUGGGAUAAAAAGCAACCUAUUCAAGAUCCAUGAAGGUGUACCACAGGGAGGUGUUAUAUCUCCAACUCUGUUCAACAUCUAUAUAAAUUAUGUGUCAACAAACUUCUCGAAGUAUGUAUCACACGCUCUCCAUGCAGAUGACCUGGCCAUCUGGAGCUCUGCUGAGAAACUAAACGUUGCGAUGUGCCGAGUACAAGAUACCCGUAACCUCAUCAAUGUGUGGUCCAAAACCUGGAAAGUUGAGAUCAACAGCAUAAAAAUGGUCACAACAUGCUUUUCCCUCUCAAACAAGACAGAAACGUACAGACUGCAUAUUGAAGACAAGGAUCUUCCACAGACUAACACACCAACAUAUCUAGGAGUUAAACUCGACAAGCGACUAACAUGGAGAGACCAAAUCCAGAAGAUGGAAUCUAAAGCCAUACAGAGACUUUCCAUCAUGAAGAAACUGGCAGGCACCAAGUGGGGAAGUAACAGCAAAACUCUAAAGCAAGUCUAUACUGGAUCAGUCAGGGCAGUCAUGGAAUACGGAUCAACAUCCUGGAAAAAAACUUCCAACAAAACAAUCUGGACACAUAUAUACACUGAUGGAUCAGCAGAAGAAGCCAUCAACAACGGAGGAGGGGGAAUCUACAUCAAAUUCCCAAAUGGAAAAACAAUCUCCAGAUCUAUACCAACUGGAUCACUCUCUUCAAACAUUAAAGCUGAAGCAAAAGCAGUCCAUAAAGCACUAGAGAUCCUCAGCCAAGAACAUUUCCCACCAUCACAUGCAGUAAUCUUCACUGACUGCAGAUCAGUACUCCAAAAGCUCUCGUCCCCAGAAGAUACAACAUCACGACAAAUCUACACCCUACUGUCACAGCUAUCAACAACCACAACAACAUCAAUGCAGUGGAUCCCAGCACACUACAACAUUGCUGGAAACGAUAAAGUAGAUUCACUAGCAAAAUGUGGAAGCAAGUUGAUUCAGGAAACAGUUUCCACCUCUUAUCAAGAAAUCAAGACUAUCAUUAAACGAAAGCAGAAGGAAGUAUGGAAAUCACAAAAUGGAGUGACAAACCACGACCCAUGGGAGACACUUGAAAGACGAGGCCAGAUUACAAUCGUCAGGCUUCACACAGGCCACUGCCGCCUAAACUUCCAUCUCCACAAGCUUAAUCUAUGUCACACAAGCGACUGUCAAUGUGGCACAGGCCUGCAAACACCAGAACAUAUCCUACAACAAUGGUCACUACACAACUCGGAGAGAAGCCACUUCUGGCCGCAUGGAACAGACCUACAUCAGAAGCUCUGGGGAUCCAGGGAGGACUUGCAAACAACUGUCCAAUUCAUCACUGAGGUCGGACUAUCUGUAUGA